GAACCCGGAUGCGCAUGUUGUUGAUACUUGGAGGGAUGCUCAUAUGAGAAAAUCGACAAAAUCUUUUGUCAAUGAGGCAGCUCAACAAGAUUAUGAAAAAAUGGCGGCUGAGGUUGAGAGGUCACAGAAUGAGAGGCAAAGUCAACAACAGAGUGAGGCAUCUCUAAAUGUAUCUGGUGUUGAUUCGUCCCCGGUCGAUCAAUACGAGAUACUAAGUAAAGUACUCGGGGAGAGAUCUGACUACCAAAGAGGAGUGGGUUAUAGGGCAAAAGGGAAGGCAAAAAAGACAUCCUCUAGCUCUACAGAUCAAAGUCAGUCCCAACCAAAUAUUGCUGCUUCGCCUAAUGAAGAUAUGAGAGUUAUGGCUUUGCUGAUGAAGGCAAUUCGUGAGACGUUUGAGACUUCGACAACUGUGCAUCCCAGUAAACUGUAUGACCCAAUGUUUGACAGUUUUCUGCAGAGGCAUUUGCCACCACAAUCCGAAGGUGGUUCGCCUUCUCAGCCUCUUUCACAACAAUUGUUGGCUCGAUCGUUUGGUGGCUUUGAGUUUCAUAUUGUUGGUUGGUUGCCUUUUAGAUUUUAUAUUAAUUUUAAGGGGCCUCUGCCCGACGAGUCCCAAAACUUCGGGGAUGGGGGUGACUACGACGAAGGCUAUUACAAGGAAGAUGAAGGGGAAUACGAGGAUCAUGAGGCCAAAAACCUCAUCGAUCCUGAAGAAAUGAAUAUGGAGCCCGAACAGGAGGGCCCAGAGAUGGUGCACUUGAGACAACAGGUCCUGGAUCAAAAAGCCAGGAUCACUGAACAAAAAGAAGCCACCUGCCAGACACAAGAAUCCCUCCUGGCUCUUUAA